UCAACAGGUUUUCAACUUUCCACUUCACUUCAUUUUUCCUCUCCUGUUCUUCUCCGACGGCUUUUCAUCUUCCAAACGAUCCUCGCCUUAUAGACCUCCAUAAACUCACCUUUUUCAUACAACAAAUGUUUUAAAGAUCCCAUAAAAGGUUUCUCGAGUUCAAAGCUUCAUCCUCAUGUUCAAAGCUCUUAUCGUUUUUCUCUCAGGUUUGGAUAUAUGAGGUUUUUCCUUAUCUUGAAAAGUAUUCUGGGAAGUACUUGGAUUCUCUUCUGCUCAUUCCUAGUUUACUUAGAUGGCACACCACAAAAAGAGACAAUAUAAUGGAAGGUAAUCCAUUUAAGUACAAAGAAAAAAGUACGAAGGUAUAAAUUUAUAUGUCAUGAUCUAUAUUUUUAUAACUAGUGAAUGUUAUGUUAUAUUUAUAUUUUUCAUUUUUUUAAAAUUGUGCACCCAUUUCUUACCCCUACUUUGCGUGAGAUGAAUCAAAAAUAAAUGGCAACAUUUAAGCCAUAUACGGACGAAUGUAAGGACAUGGUCCUAGAUGCCUUGAAGACUGAUUUGCAAGGUGCGACCGUCUUCACUGAUGCAGUAGUGGAGGAUGAAUAUUUGAGUGAUCAUACUCCUAUCCAAGUUUGUGAAAAUUUUGUUUCAAGUGGACGACAAAAAAACAUUCUUAGUACUUCUAAUGAUGCAAAUUUGUGUGAGCGUAUUAGAUCCCUCGAGCAAUCAGUGAUGGAAGUUGUUGCUUAUAUGCGAUAUAAGAAAUUAAGGAGAAUUGAAAAGAACAAGAAGAAGCAAGCAGUCGAUGAAUUGAAAAGAAAGAGGAAAGAUGAAGAAAAGGCGAAGCAGAAGGCAGUUGAUGAAGUCGAAGAACAGAAGAAAGAAGAAGAAAAAGAGGUGGAGAAUGCAGUUGAUGAGUUUAUUGAAAAUGAGAAGGUAUAAGAAAAAGAGAAGGAUAGUAGGGUUGAUGAAGAAAAAGGAAAGGAGAAGGCAACAGUUGAUGAAGUAGUAGAAGAGAAGAAAGAAGAAGAACAAGAAGAUGAGAGAUGGAAGAAAAAGAAGAAGUUCAAGAACAUGAGAAGUUAGAAGAAGAAGAAGGCUUAGCCAUUGAUGAGGCAGAAGAGGAGAAAAAAGAAGAAAAAAAUGAAGAAGAUACGUUUCUCUUCAACACCUAUCACGGAGGGUUUCGUGAAUUGCCUCAAAGCACUAUGAGGGUCAUUCAUCUACUAUCAUUAUAUCAAACAUCUUCAUGUAAGCUUCUUCCUAGUUGUUAAUCUCUUAGAUCCCAUAGUUUGCUUUGUUUUUAUUGUUUGUUUUGCACGAUUAUCAUUCAACAAAGGAGUCUUAUCUCUUAAUCGUCAAAUAUUAUAGUACUCUUCAUUACGGGUUACAAUGUGUUAGCAUG